AUGACUCCUCCAGCCACUUUUAUCCACGUUGAUCAAUCCUACGAUGGGGCCGAAGUCGUGCUCAACCGACUUCCAGAGGCGGACAAGCUGCGGCCUCUAACAAGGAAGAGAUGGGGUAUCAUCAACGUAUGGCAGCCCCUGAAAGCAGUCAACCGCGAGCCCCUGGCGAUGUGCGACGCCCGAAGCGUGGAGGACCACGAGCUCCGGCCAGUCACGACUCGGAUUGUUAUCGGUCAGCCCCCAAACACCAUCAACAAGGACAACGAGCAGUGGCAUUUGACUUCUAGCCCACAGCACAGAUGGUACUAUGCUAGUGGUAUGACAACGGAAGAGGCGCUCCUGAUCAAGAACUUCGACUCGAAGCUUGAUGGGCGUGCGAGGCGGGUGCCACACACCGCCAUUCAAACCCCGUAUGAUGAGGGCCCACCACGGCAGAGCAUCGAGAUCAGAUGCUUAGUGUUUUGGGAGAAUGAAGAUAAAGAGUAG